GUUCUGGGGAAUUGAAGGGGCCCUUUAUGUGUAGUAAUGAUCCGUCGCGAGCAAGCAAGAGCCCGCCAAGUAACCGACAAGUAGCCGACAAGUAGCCGGCAUCUCCACCCCCGCGUGACUCUCCGAGGUAUGACCUCUCGAGCCCUGAUAAAGUAUUUACUUCUUACAAUCAGCUCAAGGAGACCUUUUGACAACUCAAUACGUUUCCCGGCAAACACCUCCACAAUAUGAGUCUUCUCAGAUCCUUUUCCCGGACGGUACGGCAUCAUGUCCCGAGCACUCGACACACCUCCACUCAGGCCUCAUCAACCAAGACAAAAGGCCCCCUCUCCGGCAUCACAGUAGUCAGCCUGGAACAAGCCAUCGCGGCACCCUUCUGCACCAGACAACUCGCCGAUCUAGGCGCCCGUGUGAUCAAAGUCGAAAGACCCGGCGUUGGCGACUUUGCACGCAACUACGACACCCGCGUCAACGGCCUCUCUUCGCAUUUCGUCUGGACCAACCGGUCCAAAGAGAGCCUUGCGCUUGAUCUGAAGAAUCCUCGUGAUCACAAGGUCCUUAUGCGUCUGCUAAGUCGCGCCGAUGUUCUAGUUCAGAACCUUGCUCCUGGCGCUAGUGCACGACUUGGGCUAUCGCAUGAUGCUCUAAAGACGGACAAUCCGUCUCUGAUUGUCUGCAAUAUCUCGGGCUACGGGCCCGACGGACCCUAUCGGGACAAGAAAGCCUACGAUCUUCUCAUCCAGAGCGAGGCGGGCAUGCUCUCCGUCACAGGGACCGGUACGGAACCCGCAAAGGUCGGUAUCUCGAUCGCAGACAUCGCAGCUGGUAGCUACGCCUACUCCAACAUCCUCGCCGCGUUGAUCCAACGCGAUAGAGACCCGAACCGAGCCGGAACCAACAUCGACGUCUCCAUGCUCGAAAGCAUGGUCGAGUGGAUGGGUUUCCCGAUGUACUACACCUACAACAAUGCGGCAGGCCCGACGCCCGCCGGAGCCUCGCACGCUGCGAUUUAUCCCUACGGACCGUUUGAGGCAGAGGGCGGGACGAAGACCGUUAUGCUUGGGAUCCAAAAUGAGCGCGAAUGGGCCAAGUUCUGCGAUCAAGUUCUUGGACAGCCAGCGCUGGCGACGGAUGAGCGGUUCGCCAGUAAUUCGCUACGGGUUAAGAACCGUGAUGUCCUGAGGGCGAUUAUCUGUGAUGUUUUCAAGACAAGGUCAGCGGAUCAGGUGCUGAGGUUGCUGGAUGAGGCGGCGAUCGCGAAUGCUAGUGUUAAUGAUAUGCAGGGUGUUUGGGAUCAUCCGCAACUUAAGGCGAGGGGUCGCUGGACCGAGGUUUCGACUCCUGCUGGCGUUGUGCCUGCGUUGCUGCCGCCGGGGAUGCAGAAGAAAGGGGGUGGUUUUGGGGCGAGGAUGGAUGCUGUGCCGGAUGUUGGGGAGCAUAAUGAGGCGAUAUUGGCGGAGCUUGGGGUUGAGGAUUCUGAAUAGAUCUAUUUUUACAGUUUGGGCUGAAAUAAUUAUGG